CGCAAGUCGAGACUUCCUUUGCUCGCAGAAGACCUCUCGCGGCUGAAGCAAGGGGCUGACGGCCGAUCCUAUCUUCUAAUAUACAAAGCUCAACCGAUACAAGUUCCGCUCAGUCCAUAAUGUUCGCCCCGAAAACUUCUACCGCAGCGGCGGGUGGGCUGUCCAUCAACACUUCCUCAGCCAAUUCAUUAUUCACAGCAACUCCUACAUCCCAACCUGCAACAGCAGGAAGCCUUUUUGGAAACCAGCAGAAGCCUGCCGGGAGUCUUUUCGGGAAUACGACAGCAAACACAACAACUGGAAACACACAGCAGAGCAGUGGAAGUUUGUUUGGUGGACUAGGUUCGAAUACAUCCAGUGCGCCUCAGCAGAGUGGUAUGGCUGGAGGAAGUCUGUUCGGCGCGCCGGCAGCGACAUCGCAGCCGCAAACUGGGGGUUCAUUCGGAAAUGCUGCUGCGAAACCUGCAGCAUCAGCCACAAGCUUGUUUGGGAACACAACUACACAGCAGACGGGGACAACUGGUGGGGGCCUUUUUGGGAAUAAGCCAGCUGGAAAUACUGGAAACAGCCUUUUCGGAAACACAAAUACCGCGCAGACUGGCGCCACAGGAGGCAGCUUGUUUGGAAAUCAAGGCGCAACAGCUCAAACAACUCAGCCAAAAUCACUCUUUGGCUCAGCUGCACCUAGUGGCGGUGCGUCUCUUUUUGGUGGAACUCAAAAUGUCGUUCAGCAACAGCAACCACAACAGCAAAAACCUACGUUAUCGAUAUUUAGUGCUCAGAAUAACGCACCCCAACAACUACAACAAUCUACCGCCGCUCAAGGAACCGUUAUCCAAGGAGUCAGAGUUGAUGCCAGCAACUUAUUGCCUACAACCAAGUUCGAAAGCUGCGCAGAUGAGAUCAAAAUGACCAUCGAACAGAUCGAUACAUAUGUCUUGAAUCAACUAAAUAUGUGCAAUGAGGUUACAGACCUUCUCCCCACGAUUGCGAAGCAAGGGGCUACGAUACCAAACGAUGUUGGUUUUGUGGAAAACAAGCUUGAGACGAUGCAACAUGCCCUGGAGAAUGAUGCUCGGGACAUUAAUAACGUACGCAAUAUGGUGACGCGGAAUGCUGCCGAAGCUCAAGUCGCAUUCCGUGCCAUUGAUAAUCUGAAGCUGCCUCUACAGUACCAAUCUUCAAGUGGAGGCUGGUGGUCAGUACCAGAGCAACAGCUUUCAGAGCGACAGUCCCUUCGAUCAUCUAUAAAACAUCGAAAAAGCACACUGGCAUUGCCCGAUGAUGUGGAAGGAGACUCGGCCACCACGGACUCCAUCAACGGCGUUCCCGUCAAUCUUGUUGACUACUUCUCGCACCGAUCCGAUGAAAUGACCACCGUUCUCGAAACCUACAGGAAGAACCUGAAGGAGGUUGAAGACCACUUGUAUGGCGUUGAAAGCUCGCUGAACAGGCAAAUCAAUGAAUUUGCCUCGUCGCGUAAUCGUGCCAGUGCAUCCAGCGGCGGAAAUGUUAAGACUCAACUUGCGGAUCUAGCUGCUGCUCUUGGGGAUGUAGAAGCUGGUAUUCUAGGGGUUGCAAACAGACUGGGCGGUGUCAAGGAACAGGUCCAAGAACUAGUCAUAGGGCCAUCAAACUUGGGCGUUGGCCGUCUGGUUUAGAUCUUUCAGUGUAAUAAUGCUUGUAUAAAACAACGUCAUGCCUUUGUACGUCGAUGCCAGCUGGGUUCUCUUGCAGAAUACGGGGAGUUGCCGGCGUUUUUUUGUAUCUUAGAGCGAAUGUUAACGGCGCCGUGUCAGGCCCAUUUGAUCUAUCAUCUAUCCCAUUAAACUACAUUUUAUUUUUAUAUGUUUCAAUUUUUCUUUAUAUUAUAAUAUAAAUGUGAAAAC